CGAAAAUGGUAACUACCUGCAACUCUGCAAGCAUUCUACACUCGUUAUACCAUUUCACCACUCUCCCUCUGUUCGCUCUUCCACAAAAUGGGCGAAAAUUGGCAAUAACCCAAAACUCCUCUGCGCUUGACUGCGUUCAACACCACCAUUCUCUCACCUCUGUCUUCUCCAGCCAACCCGCCACAACCGCCCUGUGUGCGCUGAAAUCCUCAAUAACUGGGAGGCAGCCGAUUCUGCUAGUUCCAGCUUUCCAAUAUCAAAACAUACGAUCAGUGACCUUCUUUGGCUCAAGUUGAGAUUAUUUACAGAAGGCGAAGCUGCGGAAAACAAACUAGCCGGAGAUGCAAUGGGAGCUUCCACUAAACCAAGGCUUUCAGGAAUGCAGUUGCAAGUCCUUGCCCUGUACAGAGGGUUCUUACGAGCAGCUCGCACAAAAUCCCCUGAAGAACGUAGCAGAAUCGAAGCACUUGUGUCUCAGGAGUUCCGUCGGAAUUCCUCACAGGUUGACCGGAAGAACUACCUCUACAUCGAGUAUUUAGUUCGGCGUGGAAAGAAGCAGCUUGAUCAGCUAAAGAGCCCGGAAACUGUUGGAUUGGCUUCCUUAAAUGUUGAAGCUUCUCAAGUAAAAAGAUCUUAAUUAGUGAUACUUGAUGCUCAGUUGUAUUUUAGGCUAUAUAAAAAAAAAGAUAAAUUUAUUGGACAUGUGGUCGCCCAAUUGGUGGAAUUACGAUUUCAUGAUUAACUACGAGUCUAGAUAUUUCGUGUGCA